CUCUCCUUGAGUAACACAAGGAGAAGGGGCUCACCCCCAUUGUCCACCUCUGUCCUUGUAAUGAAGAACAGUAUUUGGCAGCUGGGGCUCUAUACCCUGUGAGUCCUCUAGAGAGCUGGCUAGAAAUGCCAUAUUUGGGUCUGGGAUGGCAAUUGAAGCCCCUCUAUCCCAAGUCUCUCCCAGUCUACCUAACCAGGAUGUGCUUUCCACCCUAAGGUCUUCCACAUCUCUCUGGGGCUGCCGUCCCUCUGUUGGUCUUGCACUAGAAGUGAUUCAUGCUUUUAUUUAGCUCUUUAAUUUGACAAAAGCUCCUGGGCUUCUGCACCCAGUGCGGCAGGGCUGACUGGUCCUCUUUCCUUGGUGAUUGUCGGUGGCUUCAUCCUUCAUUCCCCCCCCCACACACACACACACACAGUUAGGAGGCUCAAUGACAGGACAGGAAAUCUGCCUUUUAAGAUUCGUGACUGGCUGGCUGUGAGGUGUACCAAGGCCUUACAGUUUCUAGCUGAGGACAAGCACCCCCUCCCAGUAGAGCCCUCCCCAAAGUACCGGAUGUGGCUGUUGACAGACAUAGCAUGAACCAAGUGGGGAUGUUGUGGUGCCCCACCCACCCGGCAGCUAAGAUGUAUUUAGGGGAAGUGGACGACGGUGGUUUCCUUGAUGAGCCACAGACAUUUCAUCCUGUCCUCUCGAAACGCUGCCUGGUGUUCUGUUUGCAGGAGAUGAGACAAGCUCAGGGCACUUGUGCUCAGCUCCAUCCCCCUCCUCAAGGCACCUUGCAAGUUGUCCGUGGAGAUGGCACUUCACUGGGGACUGUGCUUAUAUUCCACUGCCCCUCUGGCCACCAGAUGGUGGGGUCUGGCCUCCUCACUUGCGCCUGGAAUGGGAGCACCGCUGACUGGUCUUCAGGAAGCCCUGUGUGCAAAGCUGUGCCGCCGCACGAGACCUUUGGUUUCAAGGUGGCAGUGAUCGCCUCCAUUGUGAGCUGUGCCAUCAUCCUGCUCAUGUCCAUGGCCUUCCUCACCUGCUGCCUCCUCAAGUGCGUGCAGAAGAGCGAGCAGAAGAGCGAGCAGAAGAGCGAGCACCGGCGUGCUGACAGGACGGCACAGCUGUGGUACCAGCUGAGAGGCGAGGACCUGGAGACGGUACAAGCUGCCUACUUGGGCCUCAAGGGACACAACCACAACAACAGCAGCAGUGGUGGUGGUGGCAAUGGUGGUUCCAGUGGUGGUGGCGGCAAGCCAGGGAUGCAGCACAGCCAGGCCCAUGACAACCACAGCUUCACCACAGACCCUGGUGACAUCAGAGAGCAGUCUGGUGUGACCCACAGUGUGGACAAAGACCCUUGGACUUUCAGGAUGGGAACUACGGGCCCUGGUGGCGUCUCCAGCUCUCCAUGCACCUACGUGAUGGUCCACGCAAUGAAUUCUGCAGGGCUGGCCCCUGGAGACCCCAUGAGGCCCAAAGUGUACCUUCCAGGGUGACCCCACUAGUCAGAGGCCUGCAACUCAACAUUUGCCCAGCUGGACAUGGGCCAGGGCAGUCAUCUCCAGGUAUAGGGGGCUGCUGGGAGCCUAGCCGACAUUAAAGGCUGGAGCCCCAGAGGGGAACAGUCUUUCCUGGAGGAGACCUCUGUGGCUGUGACAGGACCUGCUCAUUGAACUGCUACUGGGGUGAGGUCCCAAAGAAGUCACCACAACCAGGGUUCCUUCAGAGAGACUGAGACAUUUUAAACAGAUAUAGUUUUGCAUAGUAGACUAUGAAAAUAUGAAUAAAGUACUUUUAGCACUACAGGUA